AUGGCUGACGAUUAUCAAGUUCAAAGCAAUGGAGGAAGCUCCGAUCUCAAUUCGAAGCCUCUUCUCGAGCUGUACGUGAAGGUUAGAUAUUCAUUUUUUAAAGUAGAAAAACUUCAAAUUUCAGGCGUCAGCCAUUGAUCCUCGUCGGAUCGGCGCAGAUUUGUUCUGUCAAGAAUUUUGGAUGGAGUUGUAUGCUCUGUAUGAAAUUGGAGUGGCUCGUGUUGAGGUUUUUUUUUUUCGAUUCAAUAACUUAUAUUUACUGAAUUAUUCAAUAAGUUUCACAUUGAUUACUAAAUAAAAUUGGUGUUGAAGGUUAAAACGGUCAAUGUCAACUCAGAAGCUUUCAAGAAGAACUUCUUAGGUGCUCAGCCGCCGAUAAUGGUCGAAGAAGAGAAGUAGGUUUUACCGUUUGUUAUAAAUUUGAAGGAAAAUGCUAGCUUCUAGCAAUUUCCUUCAAAUUUACUGUACUCUUCCUUCAAAUUUACUGAUUCCCUUUAUUGACAUUAUUUCUCGAACUAAUACAUUUUUAUAAUAUUUUUUUCUAUCUAGAGGGGCUACUUACACCGACAAUCGAGAGAUUGAGGGACGAAUUUUUCAUUUGGCGAAAGAAUUUAACGUUCCUUUGUUCGAAAAAGACCCUUCUGUGGAGAAGCGAAUUGAAAACUUGUACAGAGUGAGUUUUUAUUCUCUAUUUCCUAUCUGAUGGUGUUGUUCAGAACUUCAAACUUUUCUUGCGCUCGAAAACUGAAAAUCAAAAGGUUCCAACGCCUCUCGAGGAUAUGUCGGCGCAAACGAGGGUCCACUACAAUCGCGUUGUUGAGCAGUUGACUGGAAUUGAUCAGGUUCAUAAAUAAAUGUAUUCAUACAAAACAGUUCUGCUAUCUCUGCUAUAUUUUUUGACACGUUUUUUCCACUAUGAAUUUCAAAACUUGCUGUUUCUAUUUCAGCUGCUGGCUGACCGCAAUUCGCGUUACUUACUGGGCAACAGCAUGACGGAGUACGACUGCGAGCUGAUGCCGCGGCUACAUCACAUUCGGAUCAUUGGACAGUCUCUUCUCAGGUUUUUUCUUUACGAAUUAAUUUUUUCCUUAUAUUGAAUAAAUCUCUGAAUUAUUUUCAAUGAGUUAGUUUUUAUUUAUUUAUUUUUUUUUUAUAUGGUUCGUUCCAGUUUCGACAUUCCACACAAUUUGACGCAUUUAUGGAAUUACGUUCUGACGGCUUACCGUACGGCGGCGUUCAUUGAGAGCUGCCCAGCCGAUCAAGACAUUAUUCGCCAUUACAAGGUUAGGCGUUUGAAAUAGGAGCAGAAAUAGAUCGAAUGAUUUCAUGGUAGAUAAUAAUGAUAUUGGUAUUGCAGGAGCAGCUGAACCUUUUCUCGAACCAACGCGAGACGUUGCAGACGCCGACAAAGACGCACACCAUCCCAGAAAGAGUUCUUUGUGAUAUUCGGAACCGCGGCCUAGCUCCGGACGUCAAAGUCCAGUAA